UGCUAACGCUGACCCGGUGACUUUCCUGAUAUGGCUGGAAGCAGUCCCGUAUAACUUAAGGGCCGCAAAGUCGUCGCAUCUGCGCCUUGUUUCUGAUCUCCACUGACCGCAUUUUACACUGCUACACCAUGGAGCAGAAGCUAGCUAGGAUUGCCGACGUUUCAGAGAAAGAGUUCGAUUUCAUUGUCAUCGGUGCGUUGCACAUCACCGCAGGCUGCGUUGUGGCAGCCAGGCUGAGCGAAAACCCGAACAUGUCUGUCGCUUUGUUGGAGGCAGGCCCCGCCCACCUCGACGACCCGAUGAUUUCUGACCCUACUCAAUGGCCUAAGACCCUCAUAGACCCCGAAUACAACUGGGGGUACCUCACAACGCCACAACCAGGCCUACACGGGGAGCCCACGAUGUUCCCCAGGCACGUCAUAUCAUCAGGGCGUGGUCUCGGCGGUACGUCCCAAAUCAAUGGGCUAGCAUGGAAUCUGCCACAGCGUGAAGAGAUAGAUGCCGUGUGCGAACUUGGCAACGAGGGCUGGAAUUGGGAGAGCUUUCACAAGUAUGCGAAGAAAGCGCAACGAUUCUGCCCGCCAGACCCAAACGAGCGGAGCGAGUUCAAGAAUCUGUACAAGUCAGACGCCGUGGGGCAUGACGGCCCGAUUCCGCUCUCGUUCGGACGGGACAGCUGUGGCGCCGACGCUGCCUGGCAACGCUCUCUUGCAGAGAAUGGCGUCGAUACGAUAAGCACGGCGCUCGACGGCAAUGUCACUGGGACGUGGAAGAGCGUCUCGAGUGUGGACCCCGAGAGCCUGGAACGUGUGUAUGCCGUCAAUGGCUACCUCUAUCCUGUGCUCGAUCGUCCGAACCUCAAAGUCCUGCCGGAUGCGUAUGUGUACAAGAUCAUCACCUCCAAACACGGAGACGAGGUGGUCGCAACUGCGGUCGAGUUCGAACAUGGUGAGCAGGUACACAAGGUUUAUGCGCGCAAGGAGGUCAUUGUCUCUGCUGGCGCUGUGAAGUCACCACAGGUAUUGGAACUCAGUGGCAUUGGUGACCGGAAUAUCCUCGAGCCUCUAGGCAUUCCUGUUCAGCUGGACUUGCCUUCAGUAGGCACGAACGUGCAGGAACAUAUUACAAUGGCCAACAGCCUGAUUAGUCAGCUUUUCACUUUAUGUCCGUUCGAUGCGAUGCUAAUGUUCUUUGCAGAGAUGGUUGAAGACCGCGGCCUGGUCACAUCUGACAUGCUCAAUAACGAGGAGUUUGCCGAAAAACUCCGAGUGGAAUUCGGUCUGAAGGAUCCCUUUCGCCUUAUUCUGGACGGCCUCUCAUAUGUGCCCAUCCAGAUCGCUUCAGAACGCGCUGAGCAGCUCGCGCAGAAGCAGCGUGCCAAGAUCGCAAACGGCAACUACCCUCCCGGACUCAAGGCGUCGUAUGAGAAGCAGCUCGAGCUGCUUGCGAACCCCAAGGUACCCGACUUCGAGAUCAUGUUCCUGCCGUACUCGAUCCUUGGGCCGGCGCCGGAGUCCGACAAGCCUUACCUUACCCUCUUUCUGAUCGUUGGUCGGCCAUUCACGCGCGGGACGAUCCACGUCCAGUCUGCUGACCCGAAGGCGUGGCCGGCGAUCGAUCCGCGCUAUUACGAGGAGGACAUCGAUCUGGACGUCAUGGUCGACGCAACCAGGUUUGCUCGCAAGGUGGCCCAGACGGAGCCAUUCAAGUCGCUCGUUUUCGAAGAACAGGCCCCCGGGCCGGGUGUGAGCACCGACGAGGAGAUGUACGCGUUUGUUCGCAAGAACACGUAUUCGGGUUUUCACACGGCUGGAAGCAUGUCAAUGCUGCCUCGCGACAAGGGUGGCGUCGUUGAUGCGCGACUCAAAGUAUACGGUACCAAGAACAUCCGCGUUGUUGACUUGUCUAUUCUUCCGAUUGAAACGGUCGUUCACCCUCAAGGCACUGUGUACGCGAUUGCGGAGAUGGCGUGUGAUAUCAUCAAGCGCGACUAUCAGUAGUGUACAGAGCAUUUAAGUUGUUCGUACUUCUAGAGCACAGCUUGUAUAACUCGUGUAUUUACCCACAUGCCCUGAAAGUAAGUAAUCGGUGUGCAGUCCCUUGAUGCC